GAAAGGGGGGCUGACGCAGGAAUUCUCCCUCCCUCCUUUCUCGGGUCUCUUUCCCCCACCCCACCCCUCCGCUCCCCAAAUCCACCCUCCGGUGCCAGCCGCCUCGCCAAAGCCGCCGCGAUGUCCUCGGAGAAAACAGGACUUCCUGAUUCCGCCCCACACACUUCCCCCCCACCUUACAACACCCCUUUGCAACCUCCCCCUCCCCAGGAUGCUCCCGUCCCGGGAUACAGCGAUUCCUCUGCUACGGUUGUGCAUUCAGGAACAGCCACUUUGCCCCGGCUUGGAGGGGCUGCUACCCUCCCCAGGCCUCCCCCCACGUCAGCCACCCUCCCGCGCCCGCCCCGCCAUCAUUCUGCCACCCUCCCCCGCCUCCCCCCUGACCCCUACAUGCAGGAAACUCAGUUCAACGGAGCUGCCCAGGGCUACGUAGUGCAGACGCAUCCGCCUGUCGGGACCCUUCCCAUUGGAGGCUACAUGCACCCAGGGUAUCCGGUUCAGCUACAGCCUUGUACGGCAUAUGUGCCGGUCUACCCUGUCGGGGCGCCCUACCCUCAGGGCAACCCACCUCCACCACCAGCUCUCUCCCCAACACAGAUGACACCGGGCAUCGCCAUCUUGGAACCCCGACGCCCACCGCACGAUUACCUUCCCAUCGCUGUCCUUACCACCAUCUGCUGCUUCUGGCCGACAGGCAUCAUUGCUAUCAUCAAGGCUGUGCAGGUGCGGACUGCGGUUGCCCGCGGCGACAUCGUAUCAGCUGAAAUUGCCUCUCGGGAGGCCCGCAACUUCUCCUUCAUCAGCCUGGCGGUGGGCAUCGCCGCCAUGGUCCUGUGCACCAUCCUUACAGUGGUGAUCAUCAUUGCCGCUCAGCACCAUGACAACGACUGGGACCCCUAGCGACCAAUCGCCUCUCUUCGGCCUACUCCUGCACCCUGACAACUGGUCACAACUGCCCUGGCAACAGCCAACCCCAGGGGAUGGUCCUUGGCAACCGCCUCCCCUCCUUCUCCUGUCUUCGCCCUUGCCGACGACACUCGGAAUGCUUGGCAACCCUUCUCCGCCCACUCUCCGCCCUCUCCCAUCGUCCUUGGCUGUUGUUGGCCUUGCUAGCCGUACCGACUCAGCAAAAUGACUUCCAGGUGACGCCAUUCAGACUGUGCUCCAUAAGCUAAGGCUCCUAGCAAAAUUGCUUGCCCUCCGCCCGUUCCUUUCCCAGAAUACGUUGCUUGCUUCCUUCCUUCCUGAGGAGUAGGCUCCGCCUUCUGUGACCAAGAAAUAACCAUCUUCCUCCCGCUGUGUUUGCAUGCCUAGUGCUGCCCUUGUAUUACCGGGGCGCCAGCGCAGUCUUGGUUAAAGCCCUGUUGCUCUGCCCCCACCAUUCUUUCCAUUGGCUGCUUCCCUUUCUCCAAUUUUGCAAUAGCUAGAGGCACCCAGUAUUUGGAGAGCCUGAUCGGCUGUCUCCCCGUUUUACCUGAGGCGUGAAAGGACCCGUUGCUUUCAAGCCAAGUGAAACAAAUCACCAUCUGUAAUUAGGAAGGCAUAUAUUUUCAUACGCUGUUUGGCGAUGUUAUAUUCGGUAAGCAUGCAAGGUAUAAUCCACAGCCUGGUUUUUUUUUUUUUUUUAAAGUUCUAUUUUGCAGGGCUUAAGCAUCGUUCUUUUGAUACCUUUCAUUUCGCACCACCGUUCUAACAUUUCUUCCUUGGAGAAGACUGUGAAAGUUUUUUUUUGUUUUUUUUUAACUCUGUACUUAAGUUUGAUUUCUUCCCAUCUGGCUCCACGCCCUGCCAUCCACGUUUUUAUGUUAUCCUCAUCAUUUUGUUAACAGAAGGGCUUAAGAGAAUUUUGUUGCCUUUUGGUGACUUUUACUUAGCAGAGCCAACUCUUUUGCUACUGGCUGAUAUCCAGAGUCAAUUAGGCAAGGCAUAUUACAGUAAACUUCAUACCAUGAAAGAAAGAGGAAAGAUAGCUAAAGGGGCGUAAUAAGAACUGCUAGAACAAUUCUUUGAUAGUAUCAGUACUUCAUUAGCAGCCAGCACAAUAGUGUCAGAAAACUUCACAAGAUCUAGCCGAUUGAGAAGACAGAAGGGGUGAGGACAUGAAAAGAAACUGGAGGAGGAAAGCGGCAACAAAAGAUCCAAGUGUCCAUCCAUGGGGGAGGGGUCCAAUUCCAGGACCAGGUAAUGUCCAAUCUAGAGGAAAAUCCAGAGAAGAUGCUUUUAUAACAUUAUAUGCUAAAUAAAAGAGUAGAGUGAAUGUGGUGGCGAGAAAAUAGGAUGGACCGCACUCUUACAGAUCAAAAGAAGUGGGAAUAAUAUAUUUUUUAUUACCUGACUUUUAAAUAUUAACCAGCAAGUAGUGCCAAGGUAGCACAUUAGACAACCGGAUUUAGACCAAGUUUAGACUCUUAUUUGGCGUACCACGCUUAACUUGUCUGAUCAUUUAUCACCCUAACCUACCUCAGGCUUACUUUUACAAAAAAAAAAAAAUGUGAUCCACAGGACAGCCUAAUACAGAUGGUCCUCAACUUACAGGUUGCAAAAAAAAUUGGGUUGGUCGUGUGACUGAUCUGCUUUAUGGCCAUGAUGAGUAGGGUCCAUUACGGUCAUAACUUGAGGACUCCCUGUAGCAAGCCAAGAGAAGGAGCGAGCUAUUCCGGCUAUUGCUACCAACUAAUUUUUCAGGGAGGAUUUGGGGGAAAAAAUACUCAAAAUUGCAACCCACAUUUACGGUCUGUAAUCAAACAGUGGUCUGAAUGCCGACACUUUUGGGACAUGAAAUUGAUUCUUGGAGACGUUCUAUAUGAUGCCACUCGAAAUGGUGGCAGAAUCUUUUACCUUAUUUCCGUCUGGAAGUGAAUGAUUAUCGAUAAGUGAUAUUUUUUGAAUACUUUUUUCUAUGAAUGACCCUGCAGGUAGUAAAUUAGCACAGAAGAAAGACCAAUAGUGUUCCUUUUGAGGUGCUGGUUUAUUACGUGCACGUAGUUUGAUAUAAACAGGGGAGAACAAUUUACAGAAACAGCUCCUUUAAUUUAACAAAUGGACAGGAGACAAUUAAGACUUUGACACCAAGCCUCGUUCUGAUGAAUAAAGUAGAUCAUUUCUAAGUUGCAUUGGCCAAAAUCGACUGGCUGGUUCAAUGGGCACUCAACAUGGUGUGUGUUUCGGGGAUUCAGGCAUGGGGAGGCUUCAAUACAGAAAAAAAUUCACAUUAUUUCGUAUUUUUAAGGCCUCCUGUCAUCUCCAGUCUGUGCCAAAUCUCAUGUUGUCAUACGAACUUCCCAUUCAUUCCCCGUCUCCACCCCCCUCCCUUUGGAUGUUGGACUCUAUACUCUUAUCUCUGUUUGCAAGUGACAUGGUUACAGAAUCUCUGUUAAUAAAGACAUUUGAUUGA